AUGCCGGCCGAGCGCACCUCCCUCCUGCUGCUCCUGGCGCUACUCCUGGAGCUCUCGCCCACCCCGGCCCACCAAAGCCGCAGCGGGGACCGCGGCUCUGCUCCUGCCAGCACCCCGGCACCGCUCCGGGCCCGUCGGGGACGCUGGCCCCCCGCAGCCCUGCAAGACCCGGGAAAGGCGGGCGAGUGCCCUGCGGGGAGGAGCGGAGCCCGCCAGCCCCUCUGGCUGUACUGCCUCUCCGACCGGAGCUGCCCCGGUGCCGAGAAGUGCUGCCGGAGCCGGGGGGUCAGGACCUGCCUCCACCCCGCCGCAGAGAGCCCGGGCUACUGUCCCCGCACCAACGGGGCCACCGAGGCGAGCUGCAGCACCGGCUGCCACAACGACACGGCCUGCGCCCCCGGGGAGAAAUGCUGCGCCCGUGGGUGCUGUGCCCGCUGCCUGCGUCCCGAGCCGGCCAAACCCGGGUCCUGUCCGCGGAGGCUCGCCCGACGGAGGGAUGCUGCUUGUCCCAACCGCUGUGCCGACGACCGGGACUGCCCUGGGGACCUCAAGUGCUGCUUCUCCGGCUGUGGGCUGGCCUGCAUCCCCCCGGGCACAGGUACACCCGGUGCGUGCCCUGUGUUGCUGCGGGGCUCUCUGGGACCCUGCCUGGAGCUGUGUGACACCGACAGAGACUGCCCCGGGGCUGCCAAGUGCUGCACCACCGGCUGUGGCCAUGUCUGCAAAACGGCCACUGAGGCACGGCGCGGGCUCUGUCCCCCAGAGGCUGACGGUGAUGGGAAGGCCCAAUGCCACCUCCUCUGCAUGCAGGACAAGGAUUGCCCCCCUGGACAGAAGUGCUGCCUGCGGGGCUGUGGUCGGGCGUGUGUUCCCCUGCUGCAGGGCAAGCCCCGCCGCCAGGCCAAGACUCCCGACAACCUGGAUGCGGAGGCAAGCCCCUGA